AUGGAAUCCUCCAUGUCAUCCCCGGAGCGCCAGCUCUGCGAUCGCCUCAGAGACCUGCCUAGGAGAUGGAACUUCCAGUACGACGACAACGCCCACCAUGACCUCCUCGACAUCCUCUUCUGGUCAUUAGCAGGCGGCGACCGCUACAUGCCUCUCUUCUUCCCGUCCGGUCGGCCCUCCCACAACCACAAGCUCCACGACGCCCAGGGCGCAGUCGAAGGCGCCGAGUACACCGAAGCCGCCCGCGGCAAGCGAUGCGGCCACAUUUUCAAGCCUGGAGAGGCCUCCUACUCGUGCCGAACCUGUAGUACAGACGACACCUGCGUUUUGUGCAGCCGAUGCUUCGACUCGACAGACCAUGCCGGUCACAUGGUGCGCAUCAGCAUCUCCGUUGGAAACAGCGGCUGCUGCGACUGCGGUGACGACGAGGCCUGGAAGGUCCCGAUGUUCUGCACGAUCCACUCCGAGACCGACCCGGAUAAGGCAGAGGGCAAGGGCAAGCAAGCGGCCGGUUUGCCGGAAGAUCUGGUGCAGAGCAUGCAGAUGACAAUCGGCCGAGUCUUUGACUACAUUUGCGACGUCAUCUCGUGCUCGCCGGAGCAGCUCCGACAGGCCAAGACCUUGGACUCCAUUCACGCCGAUGAGGAGCUGUCGCGCCUGUCUCCAGAAACAUACGGCGAGGGCCCUUCCGACCACACAGAGUAUGCGCUGGUCCUCUGGAACGACGAGAAGCACACCGUAGAGGAUGUGCAGAAUCAAAUUGCACGAGCCUGCAGAACCACAGAAGCUCAGGCCUUGGAGCGCGCCACCGAGACGGAUCUCAUUGGCAGAAGCAUUCUCAAGCGGCUUGAUGACCUUGAUCAGUUGCUCGAGAUGGCCACGAAACUGGAGCACAUCAAAGUCACCGUCACUAUCCGGUCAUCACGCGACACGUUCCGGGAGCAGAUGUGCGGCGCAAUGAUAGAGUGGCUCAGUGACAUUUCGGGAUGCAGUGUCGGAUCGGAUCAUGCCAUCUUGAGGCAGACCGUUUGCCAGGAGAUGAUGAAGCCUUGGAGGAAGGGCAGCCCCGGUACGCACGCUGUCGUGGGCAAAGACGGCAUCUACGAUGAAGAGCGAUUCCUCAGAAACCUUGAGCAAUCUCAGACUUUCACCCAGCACGUUCUUUUACAAAUGCAGCGCAUAGCGGCUCAGCAGGCAGCGCGCGCCUUUGACGCCAGUGAUGACGAAGAUAUCGACAUGGGCAGAGGGAACGGCACGCCAGACAGCGACGCGGGCGACGACGACGACGACGAUGAGAUGGAUGACGACGACAUCAUGAUGGUGGAUGUUCGAGCCGAAGCUCCCGGCGACAUUGGCCUGGAAUGGCGCGGAAACGACCAGGCGUUGGAGGAAGACGAAGCCACCAUGGCCGGGUACCCGCCACCUCCACCUCCACCAGCCCGGCGGGCGCGGGACCGCGACCUUACGCCUUCAGAUUCGGAUACGGCCGAGCCUCUGAUAGCCCCUGCCAUCUACGCGAAGGCCAACCUUGAGAUUCCCAAGACGCCGGGACAAGGAGACAAGGUCCCCUCUCCUAAGCCGGGAAGGUACUGGCUCGAAACGCCGCCCGGAUACAUGAACCGGGAGAACGUCCCUCCUGCCGAGGAUGUCUUCCAACGCGUUCGUCUUGAUUGGCUCAUCCUCUUUGAUCUCCGCAUGUGGAAGAAGGUCAGAAAUGACCUGAGAUCCCUCUACAUCUCAACGGUCGUCUCGAUACCCGAAUUCAAGCGCAUUCUCGGCCUUCGCUUCUCCGGACUCUACACCACCUUGGCGCAGUUGUAUUUGAUCGGUGACCGAGAGCCAGAUCACUCCAUCAUCAACUUGUCGCUGCAAAUGCUUACCACGCCGUCGAUCACCGCUGAGAUUGUGGAACGCGGCAACUUUAUGACAAGCUUGCUUGCCAUCUUUUACACAUUUCUCACAACUAGGCAGGUGGGGUACCCCUGGGACGUCUCAUCGAACGCCGUUCUCGCAUUUGACUCGGGAUCAGUGACCAACCGGCGGAUGUAUCACUUCUACCUGGACCUGAAAUACCUCUUUGGUUCGCCCCAUGUCCAGGAGAAGCUGCGUAGUGAGGAGCGCUACCUGUUGCAGUUCCUAGACCUCGUCAAGCUGCACCAAGGCAUUGGUCCGAACGUUAGGGCGGUUGGGGAACACGUUGAGUACGAAACAGACAGCUGGAUCACGGCGUCGCUGGUGACAAGAGAGAUCAACAGACUGGCUCGACAGUUGGCGGAUGCGUUCAGAAAUGUUCCCGAAAAUGAAGCGCACCUCGUGGCUCGAGCAAUCAGAAUGACAGCCAAGGCCGUGAUCCUCCACUCCGUUGGCGCGGAACGCCACCGUUUCAAGCAGGCAGAGAUCAAAGAUGAGGUCAAGUUCAAGACGCUGGGUGAUUUCGAAUUCGACAACGAGUCGUCUCGGUACGAGGUCGUCAGGUUUACCGUGGAGGAGGAUCCCAUCAGCUUUCACCACGCCCUGCACUACACGCUCUCCUGGCUUAUCGAAUGCGGAAAGUCUCUGCCUGCUUCGAGCAUGAAGGCUCUCCUGAGCUUCACCACCCAAGAUUUGAGGCUGCCACCGCGCACCAUGGGUCGCAAGAUGAUGCCCAAACGAGACAACUCCCCUGAAGACCACCUCAUGGCCACCUUUGACUACCCCCUCCGUGUUUGUGCUUGGCUCGCCCAAAUCAAGGCCAACAUGUGGGUGCGCAAUGGCAUCAGCCUUCGCCACCAAGCCGCCACGUAUCGUGGAGUCAGCCAGAGAGAUGUUUCACACCACCGUGACAUUUUCCUGCUUCAAACUGCCAUGGUUGUCGCCGAUCCGAGUCGUGUUCUUGCGUCCAUCAUUGACCGGUUUGGUAUGGAGAAAUGGGUCAAGGGCUUCUUUGAGCAAAAGUCGGCGGCUCAGGAUGACGUGCAGCAUCUCGACGUGGUUGAAGACAUGAUCCACCUGCUGAUUGUGCUUCUGAGCGAUCGCACCUCUUUGAUCGCCCCUGGGGAUGAGCCCAAUUCAAACAUCCUUGCCAUUCGCCGCGACCUCACCCACAUUCUGUGCUUCAAGCCCCUCUCGUUCAAUGAGAUUAGCAACAAGUUGCCAGAAAAGUGGCAAGAACAAGAAGACUUCCAUGCUGUCCUGGACGAGAUGGCUUCAUUCAAGCCCCCUGAAGGCGUGUCUGACGUUGGCACUUUUGAGCUGAAGCCUGAAUUCGUAGAGCACAUCGACCCGUACAUUGCUCACUACAACAAGAACCAGCGAGAGGAGUCCGAGCUGGCGUACCGCAAGAAGAUGGCCAUCAAGACCGGCAAGCCUGUGGAAGAAAUCGUCUACGAGCCCAAGCUUCGACCCAUCCCCUCUGGUCUGUUCAAGGACCUGGCCACGUUCACCGGUACGGGCAUGUUCGCGCAGAUCGUCUACUACUCUUUGCUGUACCCGUUGGUUGCUGGCCGCCUCACACCAGGCGUCCCCAACACGCGCAUCGAGACUUUCCUCCAGGUUGUUCUCCACCUCAUCCUCAUUGCCAUCUCUGAAGACAAAGAGGACGAAAGUAUCAUGCCAGAUGAAUCGCACAGCUCCUUCGUCUCCAUUGCCUUGACGCGUACGGCCCGAAGCAACUUCAUGCAAGAAGCACCUACUGCAAAGACGAUUGUCUCUCUGCUUGACAUGAUGUCGACCAAGGAGGAGUUCAAGGCAUGCCACCCCAAGAUUGGUCUAAUUCUCAAGCGAAUGCGCCAGAAGCGCCCUCGUAAUUUCGAGAACGCUUACAUGCGAUUGGGCGUCUCGGUCGACCGCAUCGAUACUGCCUCGCCUGCUACUAACUCGGCCGAGGAGGAGCGAGAGCGGAAGAAGAAGGCGGCGUUGUCUCGGCAAGCCAAGGUCAUGGCACAGUUCCAGCAGCAACAAAAGAGCUUCCUGGAGAAUCAGGGCAACAUCGACUGGGGUUCCGACCUUGAGGAUGAGGAUGAGGUCGAGCAAAACGUCGAUCGGAAGAAUAACUGGAAGUACCCUACAGGGACCUGCAUCCUUUGCCAGGAGGACACGGACGACAGGCGGCUCUAUGGAACCUUUGCUCUCUUCAAUGAAAGCAUGGUCCUCAGACAGACCGACUUACAAGAUCCUGAUUUUGUGCGGGAGGCGUUCCAUACUCCCUCCAACCUGGACCGAUCCGCGGAGGAUAUCCGUCCCUUUGGAGUUGCCCACGAAAACCGCGAGGAAGUCGUUAAGGUCAAUGCGAAGGGAGAGAAGUUUGCUGCGGAACGCCAAACGAUUGGCAAGGGGUUCCCCUCGAACCUGUCACGUCCUGGACCCGUCUCUACCGGCUGUGGGCAUAUGAUGCACUUCAGCUGCUUCGAGAUGUACUUCGACGCAACCAAUCGCCGACAUCACCACCAGAUCGCACGCCACCAUCCAGAGAACCUCAGGAGACAGGAGUUCGUCUGCCCUCUGUGCAAAGCCCUCGGCAACGCGUUCCUGCCUAUCAUUUGGAAGGGCCAGGAAGAGUCAUUCCCUGGCCCUUUGCAAUCCCAGCAUAUCUUCAGAGACUUCCUCGACACUCAAAUGAAAUCAGGAUACUACAUUCUGGGCGCCAGCCGUCCUCCGGACGAAGUUCAAGCGUCGUUCGCCAAGUACACUGAUGGACAUGUCACCAGCUCCUUGGCGGAGAAGGCGUCGCAACUAGUUGACGAAGCUUGGUCGGCCGAUGAUUCGGGUCUCGACUCUGUUGUCGUCAACACGCCAUUGACGAAUGUGUUCCCAACAGCCACCACGCCGGUCUCGAACCGCCGAUCGCUGCCGAGCAACAGCUCAACCAUUGUCGGUGAAUUGGUUCGUGUCUACCGUCGUCUCCGCGAUACCAUGUCGUCCAACGGUUUUGAGUCUCGCCACACUUACCCCCCUCGUGACCUUAGAGAGAAGAACGAGCUGGUGUACAGUGACAUCCUGGCCAAGCUGGUCGGCUUCUCAGUUUCUGCUGCAGAGAUACAACAGCGAGGCACAGAGGCACAGUAUGGCUUGACGUUGCUCGAAAAGAUUCCUGAGCAAAGCCUCACGCACCUGCGCAUCUUGGCUGAGACGGCAACCUCAUACAUCGCAACUGGCAGCCUCAAGGCAGGCGGUGACAAUCUGAUAGAGCGAGAGUUCCGCAAAAACAGCGAACGCCAGCACGUACAGCUUUUCGUCUCUCAAUACUUUGGACAGGAGACGGAGACUGUGAGCCGGCCGAUCGACACCUAUGCGCCCUUGUUGGGACAAGAUCCCUUCAUUUUCUUCUCGGAGUGCGUGUUUGGUCUGGUUCCUGCCCAAAACUUUGACAUUACCCAUAUUCUACGACUAUGCUACCUCGCAGAAAUUGUCAAGGUUGUCUACCAUAUGGGCCGCAACAUUCAAGUAUCCACCUGGGUCGGUCAUCUUCUCAACAAGUCCACGCAAGAUCCGGCGCUGAAGAACUUUGCCGAGUUCUGCCUUGCAAUCACCAAGGUCCGCAUGGAGAUCAACGUGUCUUCCCACGAGAUGCCCAAAGACCUGGGCGAGAACCGCGGGUUCAGCCAGCCCGAGUUGGACAACUUGGAGGGCUACUACACCUUUGUCAAGAAGUACGCCUUGACGUUCUUGAGGAAGAGCAUCGUUCUUCUUUACGUCAAGUACGGCAUCGACUUCAACAGCCACGUCUCUCCCCAACCUGAUGCAGACGAGCUGGAACGUCUGACCGAAGCCCUCCGCGUCCCGUCGUUCGAUGAAAUGUGCGCCGCGGUUACUGACCACGGCCCAUCCUGCGGCUGGCCAGCUUCGACCACGGGUCUCGUCAGCGGCUGGAUCCGGCACCAGAUCAUGUGGCCUGGAGACAUUGAGGGCAACCUUCCAAGUACCGCUCUGAUCAGCCACCCCGGCAUAUUUGAGCUGGUGGGACUGCCCAAGAACUACGAUGCCCUCAUAGAAGAAGCCACCAAGCGCAAGUGCCCCACGACCGGCAAGGAUGUUUCCGACCCCAUGAUCUGCCUGCUCUGUGGUGAAGUCUUCUGCGGCCAGGCGGUCUGCUGCCUCAAGGAGGAGACGUCAUCCGGAGACCGCGAGCCCCAGAGGAUUGGCGGCUCGCAGCAACAUAUGCGAAAGUGUCAAAAGAACAUUGGCUUGUUCCUCAACAUUCGCAAAUGCUGCAUCUUUUACCUCUUCCGCCUCUCGGGCUCCUUCAGCAGCGCCCCCUAUAUUGACAAGUACGGCGAGACGGAUCUAGGACUGCGCCAUGGCCGCCAGCUGUACCUGAACCAGAAGCGCUACGACUCGAUGCUGAGAAACACAUUCCUCAGCCACGGCAUCCCCAGCUUCAUCAGCCGGAAGCUGGAAGCGGAGAUUAACAACGGAGGGUGGGAGACGAUUUGA